AUGGUGGAUGAGAUGGUAUCAAGAGAUCCCAUCGACGAACCACCAGCAUACCUUAGAGUCACCAAGAUGCCUCCACUGCCACAAUAUGACAGGAAGGACGAUUUUGAUGCAUUUGAGGUCUGGCUACAGAAAUUGCUGGAAUACUUCAAGACUCUCCGCAUCACUGGCGAUGCCAUGGAUGCGGAUCACCUGUGGAUAUUGGGGCAAAGCCUUAAAGACGAUGCCGCCAACUGGUUCUUUCUGAAUGUGCAGUCACCGAACCGCGAAGACUCAGAACUGAUAGCAUCCGAGAAGUACGACAAGGCGACGUACAGCUUAUCACGUGGUGGCAUGAGCGAGCUAUACGAUAGGCUAUUACACCAUGCAGAUUGCAUGGUGCAAUACCCGAUGGAAUAUGCAUUCCGGAAGAGGUUUAUGGACGCGUUACCACUACCGAUGGUAGAAGUAAUGCAUCUAGCCCACCUACUAUCGCCUGAGAAACACACCAUCGAUACACUGUAUCGAUUGGCCUUGGCGAUCGAACAGGGCAACGGAUGGCUGGACCAAUACCGUACAUACAAGGACCGCCGACAGCCUCAGAAGACUGGGGACCAUACGGGGACCCGGAUUUCAAGUAAGGCCAUGUCAUUCCUCGUGCCGAUGAUAUCAUCUACGGGAGAUACACGAUCUAGCUACCACCCGCAAGGACAAGGACAAGGAGGGGCACACCCAGGACAUGCACAGCAGGCUGGUAAUGCUGGCCGUAGAAUGAUGAACCCACGCGACGGACAACGUCAUGGGGGUGGUCGUCCUACUACAAACCCGGCAGUCAUGGGAUUGAGACCACCAGCGAAUAACAAGGUGAUGAACGCAAAUGUCACUUGUUAUUCUUGCGGUGGCAAGGGCCACUUCUCGACAGACCCGAUGUGCCUGAACUACGAGGUCUUGAUCAAUGGGAUCAAGACCUAUACACUAUUCGACUCGGGGUGUACAACGGAUUCCAUUUCUCCGGAAAUGGCGUACAUCUCGAAGGCAGACCGAAUCGACCUGGACGACCAAAUAGGUCUCCAACUGGGCACCAAGGGAAGCAGGACGCGCAUCAAUUAUGGUGCACGACCCACAAUCUCCAUAGGCCCAGUAAAGGCACAACACUACCUAGACAUCGUCGAUAUCGAUAGAUACGACGCAGUACUAGGCACAGUGUUCAUGCAUAAAUAUGGUGUGGUCCUCGACUUCAAGAACCGCACCAUAUCGAUCCAACGGCAAAAAAUACCGACCUACGCAGAAGUGGACGAGGCCACAAUCAUUGCGAAUUGCAAGGAUAUGUUGCACUCACACUACCGCGUGCACAACAAUGACCCCGCAACGAGACCAAUGGCCGCAAAGCCACCCCAGUCUCGUGGUGCGAAACUGGGGAUAGUCCUAAGAGGGGAGGGGAAUGACGGAAAUGUCAAGGCGAAAGAAAAAUCAACCACGAGAAACAGGAAACAGCCCAAAAAGGACUGUUUCCCUGACAUCUCGGAGAAGUUCGCACCGACCAGACACUUGAUGGACGAACCACGACGGGACCAGUUCGAUGAAGAAAUUCGCACCAUGCUUGUAGAACCCUCAGACGCAACAGCAUCCGAGGAGAAACUACAAGAACGCCGAAAAGCCUGGAUUGAGAAGACGAGGGACAUAAUGUGUCCCCCGCCCCCAAUCCUUUCACCUUUCUUAUCGACUGCGAUUACCGAGAUGUGCCGACGCAAUGAAGCCAUUGCUCCUAACCAAGAUCCAAUGAUACCAGGACGCUGGCUGAAGAGUGGAAAAUUAUGGACAGUUGUCGAUGCGCGUAAACGCAACGACAACACCGUAAAGGAUGUAACUCCAUUCCCGGACCAGGACCAGAUAUGCAUGGACGUGCCUCGUGCCAAAUACUGGUCAAAAAUUGACUUGUCCGAUGCGUAUGAACAAAUAUAUGUGGCAGCGGAGGACGUCUGGAAAACAGUGUUCUCCACCCCAUAUGCGACAUUCCAAAGCCUCAUGAUGUUGAUAUUCCGUGACUGCAUCGGACGAUACGUUCACGUAUACCUCGACAACAUAUUCGUGUUCUCCGAUACAAUCGAAGAACACGAACGUCACCUGGAAAUCGUAUUCCGUAAGCUGAGGGAGGCAAAGCUCUACCUCAGCGAGACGAAGUGCGACCUAUAUUCACGGAGCAUGGACUGCCUAGGUCAUCUAAUCGAUGACCGAGGACUCCACACAGACUCAGACAAGAUGAGCCGUAUUCGCGAAUGGCGAAUACCUCGAUCUUACAAAGAAGUACAAUGCUUCCUAGGGCUCGUGAACUACCUAGGACACUUCAUGCCCGACGUGACGGCAUACACCUCGCCAUUGUCGGACAUGGCUCACAACGACCGAGCAUUCGUGUGGCGCCCAAUGCACACCAAAUGCUUUGAAAUGAUCAAAGCUUUGGCGUGCAAGGCACCCAUCCUGAAGCCAAUUGACCCACGUCAACCAGAACCCAUCUGGGUGAUAUCCGAUGCAUCGUUAUACGGUGUUGGAGCGAUGUAUGGACAGGGACCAGACUGGCAAACCUGUCACCCAGCUGGCUUCCUGUCGAAGAAAUUCACGAGUGUGCAACAUGCUUAUAAGACAUAUGAGCACGAGGCACUCACAAUACUGGAAGCUCUCCUCAAAUGGGAGGACAAACUACUUGGUCGACCGAUAGUGAUCGCGACUGACCAUCAGGCAUUGAAGUACUUCGAAGGCUACGUAGAAGGCGCGACCAAUAAGGUCGCGGACUGUCUAUCGAGGUACUACGAGAAUGACAACGUGGAUGAAUUUGCACCCAUCCAGGACUAUGUGAACACGGAUGUUCAUCUAGACCCUGAGUGGGAUGACCUACCCUCCAACCGUAUUGCUGAACUGUGCGCCGGAACGAUCCAGCGCUCAGUACAGCUGCCCAAGGAUGUGCAGGAGUCAAGGGAUCAGGAGGCCAGUAAAAUGGCCUCCCACCUGCCCCUGGUGACACCAACACCAGGCGCCAAGGACGAGGAUCCGACGAUAACCGAAUCACGUACCAAUGGACCUCCACUGAAGGCCUGUUUGGAACAGGAUACCCCGUUCCUGGCCGCAGUCCAAAAGGGCUAUGGUGAGGACCCAUUAUUUAGGAAGGUCAUUGAAUCCCCAACGGAAUUCAGUGCCUUCGUAAUCCGGGACAAGACAAUAUAUACAAAAAACUGCCAGGAUGAAGAAGUUAUCUGCAUCCCGAGGGUCCUGUACCAUCAUCGAAUGAUGACCGAGAUCAUCAUCGAUAGAGGGCACAUGACCAUAGGACACUACGGCCCACAGAAGACAUCGGAAUACAUCCGACGGUGGUUCUGGUGGCCUAGGAUUGGACGUGACAUUGAAAAAUUCUGCGUGACGUGCGGGGCCUGCCAAACGGCAAAGCCUCACAAUCACUUGCAAGCGGGACUACUUCAUUCCUUGCUGAUUCCACGGUUUCCAUGGAAUUCGAUAGCAAUCGACUUUGUCGGUCCGUUUCCGCGAUCAAAGGGAUAUGACUACCUAUGGGUAGUCAUAUGCCGCCUUACAUCAAUGGUACAUCUGGUCCCCGUGAAUAUGACGAGCAUGGCCUCGGACAUAGCUGAGCUCUAUGUCCGAGAAAUUGUGCGACUGCAUGGAAUGCCCGAGUCCAUCGUCUCAGACCGGGACUCGAAAUUCACGUCGAAAUUUUGGCAUGAACUACAUCAACUCCUGGGUGCGAAGCUACUCAUGUUGACGUCGUUCCAUCCGCAAACCGACGGGCUGUCUGAGCGGACCAUCCGAUCGGUAUCCCAAAUCCUACGGUCCAUCGUGUCUCCCAAUCAAUUAGAUUGGAUAAACAAGAUCCUGAUGGUUGAGUUCACGCUGAACUCAGCCACGAGCGCAACCACAGGAUUUGCCCCAUUCGAACUUAAUUAUGGAUACUUGCUGCAAAUGAUUAGAGGCCUGCAUGGAACCACGAAAUUCGUGGGCGUGCAGGAAUUUGCCCAACGAGCAUUGGCCAACCUCGAGAGGGUGCACGAUGCCAUCAUCGAGAGCCGUACACACCAAACGUUCCAAGCCAAUAAACUACGGCAGGAGGAGCCGGAGUUUACGACUGGAUCGAAGGUGUACCUAUCCACGCAGAACCUCGCACUACCUAAAGGCCAUGCGAGGAAGCUGAUGCCCAAAUUUAUCGGACCAUACGAGAUCACCGACGUUCAUGCGGCAACCUCUUAA